AUGGCGAGGGAGUUCUUCGACAAAAUGCCAAAAAACAAGGAUAUCAUGGCGUGGAAUAUGAUGAUCAACGCGUAUCUCAAUGAUGGCCAGAUGAGCGAGGCUCAUAGACUGUUUGAUUCGAUGCCCGCGAAGGACCUGCUAGUCAGCGGUAUAUAUCCUGACAUCACUACAUUGAUAGGUGUUCUAGUUAUAUAUCUGUUUGAGAGGAUGCAUCAUAGGAAUGUGGUUACUUGGACCAUGAUGGUUGCCGGCUUGGCACAGAAUGGCCGCGUUCCGAUGGUGAGGGAGUUCUUGGACAGAAUGAUGAAAAACAAGGACAUCACAACAUGGAAUGCGAUGAACAACGCAUAUGCCAACGAUGGCCAGACAAGUGACAUGGUGCGGUGA